ACGCGCAGGUUUAAAAGCUCUGUGGCGGCAGUGCUGGACAGGGGGCGCUAGUGAGCAAGCGAGCGUUACAACAUGGCGGCGACGGCAAGCUGAUGUCAAAAAUGCUUUAGCCAAAAGUGCCGUGGAAAUCAGCACAUUUCCGUACACCACGAAAGAAUAUAAACGUCUUGAAACUAGGAACGAACACAUUGCACGUGACUGGCAUCUGACCGCAUGCUGGCAGCAGUUCUGGGGAAGAACAGGUAUUAAUGGCUGCUGCUGCCCUGAAGUUGGGCAAGCAGAAGGGCGAAGAAAUGGGUUUGCCAUGUGAAAAAGACACUGAUGACCAGUCCGCACCGAUUAACCAUGAGAGUAAAGGAGCGACUCAGGAUUCAGGUGAAGUUCUUGACUCUUCAGCGUUAGAGAUGCAAAUGCCUGGACACACACCUAGCUCUGAGGGUCCCCCAGGCGUGGACCAGGAAGACCCAGUUAAUACAGAGGGAAACCAAAAGAAGCAAGGACCAAAGGCAAAGACUCCCGCCAGAAGGAAAAGAAAGGAGAUCGUUCCACAGACUCCACCACAACAUGACAGUUCAGCAGUCUCUGAUACCUCUGAACUCACUUCUAGUGGUCGGCCCAAGAGGAGAGCUGCGAAAGUUGCUUUAGAUUAUCUCUACAAUCUUGCCAAGGAUCUUGGUGCUCCAUCAGAAUCCUCCAUGAAAGAUACGGCCAAAUCUGGUGAAGUAGAUGGCACUGACAAGAAAACGAAAACGCCAAGGAGAAGGGGGGUGAAAAGAAAAAUUCCAGAUCAUGAAAGCGACUUAGAUGACGAUGAGGACUUUUCCCCAGGAAAGAAUGAAGAGGCAGAGAGUGAAGAUGAAGAAGAUGAUUCAGAGCCAGACGUCAGCUUGAACGUGGAGCGCAGAGUAUCCAAAGUAUCCAGCAGACCACCCAGAGGAAACUAUCAGUGUCCGCUUCCAAGUGGAUUGGCUAAAAAUGUCAUGGAGACUGUUUGGAACUGUUUUAGUAGGACCAAAAAAUUCCGGGAUGAAAACUUUUCCCCCUGGGCAUUUCCAGAGUGGAUUCCUUCUGCCAAAGAUUGGCACUUCCUGUCUAGCAGUGAGGCUGAAAAAUAUUUGCCCCAAGAGAAGGAAUCUGCUUCUUUUGCCUUUACACGGGAAAGUAUUAAGGGACAGAUCAAACUGCAAUCGGUGAAGAGGUUUGAAUCAUUGCCACAUCAUUCUGAGCGUUGGGAUGCUCUUUUCUUUGUGGGGGGUCCUGUGCGGUCUUUGGAAUGGUGCCCAUGUCCUGACGGGGCGGCCACAAGACAGUAUGCUGCCAUCUACUGCCACAAAGGCAUGGAUGAUGAACACAAAAUCAACAAACUGCACACAGGCCCCGUCUUACUACAGCUGUGGGGAAUUGGAGAUCUUGAGUGUAAAAGCAGGCCCUCGACUGCUCCUCAUCUAGCAUAUGCUUUGGCGAUAGAUGACGGAUGCAUCUGGAAUAUAAGGUGGUGUCCUGCGGGAGUGUGGGAGCUGCCCUCUACCAGCAGAAAGGCUCCACAGAUGGCUAGAUUAGGUGUUUUAGCAGCAGCUUUCUCUAAUGGGAGCAUUGGUGUCUACAGUCUUCCACACCCAGAAGCCCUUGCAGCACACCAUCAGAGUAAAGGUGAAACCAGCCAAGCACCGCUGAUAUGCCGGGUGAAGAAGGUUCUGACUUUGAAGAUGGGCUCUAGCCAGGCAGAUCAUAAAGGUCAAAGUGGUCUGUGCUUUGCUAUGGACUGGGUCCACGUCAAGCCACAUAACCUCUUGGCUGCUGGCUUCUAUGAUGGUCUGGUUGGUUUGUGGGAUCUUGCUAGUAAAUCUAUGCUACUGAAGGUCAGGUCUCCAGAUGGUGGUGUGUCUCUCUACCCUUACCACUGUUUCCAUGCUCAUGAUGAGAACAUCAGGACCCUGUGCUGGUGCAGAGCCUCAAGUAAUUUGUUGGUGACAGUCGGAGAUGACCGCAUGGCAAAAAUGUGGGAUGUGAGAAAAACCUACGUGCCUCUUCUGGCAGUAAAGCGCUGCUUGUCCCCUGAAGUGUACUGGCCCCUCUUUUGGAGCGGCAUCCUGAUGGCUCCAGAGUGUUGCUUUGCUACGUUUGGACAACAUGGAGUUCACUAUUUUGAUUCAGGUUACUUUGGAAUCAAGCCUUACUUUGUGGUUUCUAGAAAACCCACUAUUUGGAGCCUUUCGAUGUCUGACUGGAUAAAUACUUUUGCCAUUGCCGACAAUGGAGGAGAUUGUUUAUUUAGUUUGCUUCCUGAAAUGGACACCGAUCCCAGCUGUAUUAGACGACGGAGAUAUUCCGUGUACAGGACUGACAUGAUCCAGUUUGAACCCGGUCAGAGGCCUGGAGAUGAGGAACAGGAAGAGGAGGAAGUGGAAAAUGCUGCAAGUAAUCCUAGGAAGGAGCCAUUGAGCUACAAAGGAGCAAUCAGAAAGUACUAUCUCCACUUUCAUGACUUGGACCUGGGGACCUUUGCUAAGAGUGAAACUAGGCCCAUGAUGAAGCACCUGCACCAUCAUGAGGUCAAAGGUGUUGCUAAAGUGGACCAGAUGCCACUGAGCGCGCUCUACAAGGUCCGUUUUAACCCAAACAUGGAUGCAUACAACUGGAUCCUGUCAGGUGGGCAGUCAGGUUUGGUGCGUGUGAACUGUGCACGUGGACUGAGCAGCUCUUUGAUGCUCAAGCAGUUGCGUGAAGCUCAAGCCCAGUUUAGUGCCAUGUUCCAGUCUUAGGAUCCCCCUGAAUCUGCAACAGCUGUCCGUCACAGCACAGCGGAUACAGUACAAGUGCACUAGUCUCCACCCUCACACCCUCUCAGCUUUAUCCUGAAAUGGACUGUGCUGUCUUAAUAGGCUGAGAGACUUUUAUUUUUAGAAGAGUGAAUGCACACUUUUUAUCCUUAACUUAUAUCGAAAGAAGGAAAACUAUUUUGAUAAGCCUCUGCAUAUUCCUGUUUUUAUAAUUUUGUGCAUUUUGGUUUUUAGUACUGUACAAAGAGGAAAACCAUUUGAACUUCUUUGCACCAUUUUCAAGCU